AAAUAAAAUUAAUGUAGUUUCUCAAAGUAGCCAUAUUUCAUGGGCUCAGUAGCCACACACAUGUGGCUAGUCGUGGCGGUGUUGAACACUGCAAAUAGAGAACAUUUUUUUCCAUUAUCACAGAAAGUUCUAUUGCAUAGCAGUGUUGUAUAAAUUAAUGAAAAUUGCUACAAGAUUUCACCAACUUUAUAUAUUCUGAAAGUUGGAGAAUAGAGUGCAAGAUACUUGUUCUCUGGAAUUCUUAGGUGGGACCUUUUACAAUGGUUAACCUGUCUGGUAGGGGACAGAGGAAACUUUUAAUUUAUAGAGUUCUUGCUAUGUUCUUAUUUGUUGUUCACGACAGCCAGGCCAGGCAGUUAGUAUUAUCUCCAUUUCAUAGAUGAGAUCAAACCUGUAAGUGGAGGAACUGUAAUUUGAACCAAGGUUUGUCUGAGUGUAAAUCCUCCAUUUUUUGUUCUUGUUUUGGACUUUAGGGGUGGUGCUGAAUGGAUUCUAAUCCCUAGUUCGUGGUGUAUUGUCAUUGGCUAUCAAAGACCUUUUCUUCCUCACACUCAUAGGCAACCAUUUUAAUGCAUGUUUGAUUUAUCUUUAAAAAAUUUUUUUUUUAAAGUGAAAGCAAGUUUAUUAACAAAGUAAAGGAAUAAAGAAUGGCUACUCCAUAGGCAGAAAAGCCUGAUUUAUCUUUUUGUUUAUUUUUGCAAGAUACACCAUUGUAGCUUCAAAACUGUUAAUUUGACACUUACAUGGAUGGUACUGUGUUAUAUAAUCUGAGAUUUUCCUAGUUUAGGAUGCUGUUUGAUGAUUUAAACACCUAGCCUUUUCAAAAGUUUUGUGAAAAAAAUCAUUUUACCUGGUGUUAGACUUUUUGGCCUUUGUAAUCAGAGAAGUCUGAAAGAAUCUCCUGUUUUCCUCUUUGCUUAGGAAGUAUUGAUAGAAGGAUUAUUUGUCCCUGAAUAUUUGUAAAUAAUUUAUAUUACUUUUGUUUUCUUCAUCAUUAGGCAGCCAGUAAUUACUUCUCAUACUUUUCACAUGGUGUGUCUGAGCAUUGUAGCUGCUUUUUUUUAAUUGAAAUUUUUAUUGUGCUAAUUGUAGAUUCAUAUACAGUUGUAAGAAAUAAUGUAGAGAGAUUCCUUGUACACUUUGCCCAAAUGCAGCUGCUUUUUAUGCUUCUAAUUUGUAUGUAGGCUUGCUGGGAAGGGGAGAUGUAAACAAGCUUGUUAGAAUUAUGUUAAUUAAGAGUAAAGGCCGGACACUUUUUCUUGAAGAAUAUAGUGAAUAUAUGAACUUUAGCAUGUGGACUUACUUUUAGCUGCUUUUUUGCGUAAUUUUUAGUAUUGUUAAAAUAACAUUUUUAGCCAAAUUAAAUUUAAAGAGUUUAAUUGAGCAAAGAAUGAUUCACAAAUUGGUCAGUCUCCUCAGUCAGUGUAGGUCCAGAGAGACUCCAGCACAGCCACGUGGUGGAAAAUUUAUGAACAGAAAAAGGAAAGUGAUGUACAGAAACCGAAACUGAAACAGCUGCAUUCGUUCCAACUAAACAUUUGCCUUAUUUGAACACCGUUCGAACAGUUGGCCCCCUUCGGCCAAAACUUGGUGAUUGGCACCAGAGUUGUUUCUCGAAGAAAUCCAGAGGAUGUCCAGGAGGGAGAAUCCUGAACCAACCUAUCCAUGAACAUACUCUCUGCCAUUUUCUUAGUCCUUUUUUCGGGAAAACUCUUUUAUAAUAACAACUGUUGGUGAACCUUUCAUCAGAAAACUCUUAUUUCUGGAAACUUCGAAACUCAGAAGGAGUAAGAAGACAAGGAGGCAGUGGAUGUGACAUUUUGCGAUGCUGUUAGAUAAUUGUAUGGAAGAGAUACAGUGAUUUUAAGAAACUACACAAAGAACUAUGGCAAAUUCACAAAAACUUAUUCCGACAUUCAGAAUUGUUUCCUCCAUUUGCUAAAGGAAUAGUGUUUGUUUUGUGUACCCAGAAUAUAUUUACUCUUCCCAUCUGUGAAACAAAACAACUUCAGUUCCAACCAACCAAAUAACCCUGUAGGAACAUAAGAAAAGGGCGAUUUGAUGAAACUGUUAUCGAAGAGAGAAGACAAUGUGCUGAAGACCUGCUACAGUUCUCUGCCAAUAUUCCUGCUCUUUACAAUAGUAAACAGCUUGAAGAUUUUUUCAAGGGUGGAAUAAUUAAUGAUAGUUCUGAAUUAAUUGGUCCUGCUGAAGCUCACUCAGAUUCCCUCAUUGAUACCUUUCCUGAAUGUAGUACGGAAGGCUUCUCCAGUGACAGUGAUCUGAUAUCUCUUACUGUUGAUGUGGAUUCUCUUGCUGAAUUAGAUGAUGGAAUGGCUUCCAAUCAAAAUUCUCCCAUUAGAACUUUUGGUCUCAAUCUUUCUUCGGAUUCUUCAGCACUAGGGGCUGUUGCUUCUGACAGUGAACAGAGCAAAACAGAAGAAGAACGGGAAAGUCGUAGCCUCUUUCCUGGCAGUUUAAAACCCAGGCUUGGCAAGAGAGAUUAUUUGGAGAAAGCCGGAGAAUUAAUAAAGCUGGCUUUAAAAAAGGAAGAAGAAGAUGACUAUGAAGCUGCUUCUGAUUUUUAUAGGAAGGGAGUUGAUUUACUCCUAGAAGGUGUUCAAGGCGAGUCAAGCCCUACCCGUCGAGAAGCUGUAAAGAGAAGGACAGCUGAGUAUCUCAUGCGAGCUGAAAGUAUCUCUGGUCUUUAUGGGAAAUUUCAACUUGAUGAUGUAUCUCAGCCUCCAGGAUCACUAAGUUCAAGGCCCCCUUGGAACCUAAGGAGCCCUGCCGAGGAGCUGAAGGCCUUCAGAGUCCUUGGGGUGAUUGACAAGGUUUUACUUGUAAUGGACACAAGGACAGAACAGACUUUCAUUUUAAAAGGUCUAAGGAAAAGCAGUGAAUACAGCAGGAACAGAAAGACCAUCAUCCCCCGCUGUGUGCCCAACAUGGUGUGUCUGCAUAAGUACAUCAUCUCUGAGGAGUCAGUAUUUCUUGUGCUGCAGCAUGCGGAAGGUGGCAAACUGUGGUCAUAUAUCAGUAAAUUUCUAAACAGAAGUCCUGAAGAAAGCUUUGAUAUCAAGGAAGUGAAAAAAUCUACACUUGCCAAAGUUCACCUGCAGCAGCCAACUUCUAGUCCUCAGGACAGCAGUAGCUUUGAAUCCAGAGGAAGUGAUGGUGGAAGCGUGCUUAGAGCUCUGCCUUUGAAGAGUAGUCUUACUCCAAGUUCUCAAGAUGACAGCAACCAGGAAGAUGAUGGCCAAGAUAGCUCUCCAAAGUGGCCAGAUUCUGGUUCGAGUUCAGAAGAAGAAUGUACUACUAGUUAUUUAACAUUAUGCAAUGAAUAUGGGCAAGAAAAGAUUGAACCAGGGUCUUUGAAUGAGGAGCCCUUCAUGAAGACUGAAGGGAAUGGUGUUGAUACUAAAGCUAUUCAAAGCUUCCCAACACACCUUGCCGCUGACAGCGACAGCCCCAGCACACAGCUGAGAGCUCACGAGCUGAAGUUCUUCCCCAACGAUGACCCAGAAGCAGUUAGUUCUCCAAGAACAUCAGAUUCCCUCAGUAGAUCAAAAAACAGCCCCAUGGAAUUCUUUAGGAUAGACAGUAAGGAUAGCGCAAGUGAACUCCUGGGACUUGACUUUGGAGAAAAAUUGUAUAGUCUAAAAUCAGAACCUUUGAAACCAUUCUUUACUCUUCCAGAUGGAGACAGUGCUUCUAGGAGUUUUAAUACUAGUGAAAGCAAGAUAGAGUUUAAAGCUCAGGACACCAUUAGCAGGGGCUCAGAUGACUCAGUGCCAGUUAUUUCAUUUAAAGAUGCUGCUUUUGAUGAUGUCAGUGGUACUGAUGAAGGAAGACCUGAUCUUCUUGUCAAUUUACCUGGUGAAUUGGAGCCAACAAGAGAAGCUGCAGCAAUGGGACCUACUAAGUUUACACAAACCAAUAUAGGGAUAAUAGAAAACAAACUCUUGGAAGCCCCUGAUGUUUUAUGCCUCAGACUUAGUACUGAGCAAUGCCAAGCACAUGAGGAGAAAGGCAUGGAGGAACUGAGUGAUCCCUCUGGGCCCAAAUCUCGUAGGAUAACAGAGAAACACUAUGCUCAGGACGAUCCCAGGAUGUUAUUUGUAGCAGCUGUUGAUCCUAGUAGUUCAGGAGAUAUGUCUUUGUUACCCAGCUCAGAUCCUAGGUUUCAAGGACUUGGAGUGGUUGAGUCAGCAGUAACUGCAAACAACACAGAAGAAAGCUUAUUCCAUAUUUGUAGUCCACUCUCAGGUGCUAAUGAAUAUAUUGCAAGCACAGACACUUUAAAAACAGAAGAAGUAUUGCUGUUUACAGAUCAGACUGAUGAUUUGGCUAAAGAGGAACCAACUUCUUUAUUCCAGAGAGACUCUGAGACUAAGGGAGAAAGUGGUUUAGCGCUAGAAGGAGACAAGGAAAUCCAUCAGAUUUUUGAGGACCUUGAUAAAAAAUUAGCACUAACCUCCAGGUUUUACAUCCCAGAGGGCUGCAUUCAAAGAUGGGCAGCUGAAAUGGUGGUAGCCCUUGAUGCUUUACAUAGAGAGGGAAUUGUGUGCCGCGAUUUGAACCCAAACAACAUCUUAUUGAAUGAUAGAGGACACAUUCAGCUAACGUAUUUUAGCAGGUGGAGUGAGGUUGAAGAUUCCUGUGACAGCGAUGCCAUAGAGAGAAUGUACUGUGCCCCAGAGGUUGGAGCAAUCACUGAAGAAACUGAAGCCUGUGAUUGGUGGAGUUUGGGUGCUGUCCUCUUUGAACUUCUCACUGGCAAGACUCUGGUUGAAUGCCAUCCAGCAGGAAUAAAUACUCACACUACUUUGAACAUGCCAGAAUGUGUCUCUGAAGAGGCUCGCUCACUCAUUCAACAGCUCUUGCAGUUCAAUCCUCUGGAACGACUUGGUGCUGGAGUUGCUGGUGUUGAAGAUAUCAAAUCUCAUCCAUUCUUUACCCCUGUGGAUUGGGCAGAACUGAUGAGAUGAAUGUAAUGCAGGGUUAGCUUCACACAUUCUGAGCACCUCCGUGACAGGCAUCUCCAGCACUGAGGCACCUCUGCCUCACAGUCACUUAUGGAGCACCAAAGCAUUUGGAUAAAGACCGUUAUAGGAAAUGGGGGGGGUGGGGGGAAUGACUGAAAGAGAACAAUUUGUUUACAAUUACAAGAUAUUAGCUGAUUUUACCAGGGGCUGUUAUAUACAUAUCUGCAACCAAGGUGUGAUCUGAAUUUAGUCCACAUUCGGUGUUGCAGAUGAGUUGUAAAGCCAACCGAAAGAGUUCCUUCAAGAAAUUCUUCUGAUAGGAAGCUGUAAGUGUGGAAUGAAGUUUUACUUGAAAGGACCUUUACGUGGCAGCUAACAGUGCUUUUUGCUGACCAGGAUUGGUUUAUAUGAUUAAAUUAAUAUUUACUUAAUAAUACACUAAAAGUACUUCAUGAACAGCGUCAUCAGCGCAACUUAAAAGUGAGAAAAAUAGGAUAUACAUAUAAUUUCUGACGGAAAACCUGUACCCUGAUGCUGUAUAAUUAAUGUAUGUUGAAUGUGGUCCCAGAUUAUUUCUGUGGGAAGACACUCCAUGUUGUCAGCUUUGUACUCUUGGUUGGUACUGCUUAUUUAGAGAAGGGUUCAUAUAAACACUCUGUGUCUUCAACAGCAUCUUUCUUUCCCCGUCUUUCCAUUUUCUGCACCCUCUGCUUGUUCCCUUAUAUUCUGUUCUUCUGUCUCCUGCUAACACACAUGCAACAAAAAAGGGAAGGAAGUGCUUAUUUCCCCAGAUUGUGUAAGGACUAAGAAAUCAUGAUGUCAAAUAAACAUGGUGAAACAUUAGAUCUCUUCUUCAUUUAAUAACCCUCCCCCCUUGUUUUUCUUAAAGAAAUGCCUCCGUUCCUUUCCUUGUGAAAUAUUAUCAGUUUCUACCAUUGCUUCUCAUGCUUGACUUUAUUUUACUUUUUGGCUUGGUAUACUAAGAAGCAAAGGAUCUCAUCUAAAUGGAAUUGAAUGGCAGUCCUAGUUUGUUACUUUGGUGAUGAGAUUUUCAGAUUUGAACUAAUCUAUUUGACAUGAUUGUAGAAAGAAUGUAAGUAUUCACGCAUCUCCAAACAUUUGUAUUUGUUACUUCUUUUUGUUGCUAAGGUAGCUCCUGUAGUUAUACAUUGUUGCAAAAAUUUACAAAUGUUUUACAAGUGUUAACAUCUGUUUUUUUUUUUAAACUUUAGCCAAAGAAGAAGUCACUAUUUCCAAGUUAGAAACCGCCAGAAAUAACUGAAAUUUUCGAUAUGUUCUAAUCUUCUUUGUAUUUUUGAGAUCUGUGUGAGAACCCACCCCCAACUCCAGGAGCAUCUGUACAGCUUCCAUCUGCCAUCGACCAGGUCCUCUCAUCAAAUUAAAUGGAACAGAAAAUGCUCUAGUGAAACAAAGGAAAUGUGCAAGCAUUUUUCCUUUUUCUAUUAUUCUAUUUCCCUUUUUCCUUUUUGGCCCCCUUAUAAUCCAAGCCCCAGCUGAAAGGCUGCAACAACACCAGGUUGGGGAGCAGGUCACCAGGAUCAUAGUUCAGUCAAGAUGACAUCACUCUCUGGAACUAGAUUUCAACUCACUAGUCCCCUGGCCUCAUAACAGGAACUUAUGCAGGUGAGACACAAGAAUGACUUCCUGUGUAGGACUAGUAGGAAAUCUGCAAGUACUUAGAGCUGGCCAUUACAGAACUUCCUUCCAGAAGUGCCCUGUGACAUGAAAGUAGGACUUCACAACUAAGAUGAAGAUCCCUACCCUACCACAUGAUUUGAGUCUCUUGGAUUCAAAGAAAAUUAAUGUCAACAGAUGGUUGCCAUGUCAGUCUGUUGACAAUUCCAUUGCUUCAGUUUCUCCCCCUUUCUCUCUGUAUGUUUGGUUGGAGCUUGUGCUUAAUGUAAAUACAUCAUUCAUAAUUAGAAUGGACAUGAAUUAUUUUAGUAAUAAACACAGGAUAAAUGA